GCUACCUUGACCUUUUGGGUGGGCCGCAUCACUUUCGCAACGAAAAGGGGAGAUGAACCUCGAGGAGUACUUCCAAAGAAUCGGGUUCCAGGGCCCGCGCAACAAAGCGGACCUCGCCACACUGAAGCUGAUUCACAAGUGCCACAUCAUGUCCGUCUGCUUCGAAAACCUUGACAUGCACUGCGGCGGCAGGAUUGUCAUGGACAUUGAAGUCAUCUUUGACAAAAUAGUCUGUCGAGGCCGUGGCGGCUGGUGCAUGGAGAACAACUUGCUGCUGUCCUGGGUGCUUAGAGAAAUGGGCUACGAGGUCACCAUGUUGGCUGCCAGGGUGUUCAACCGCACCAUCAGUGACUUUUCCCCCAUGGAAGGUCACCUCAUUAACAGGGUGGUGAUUGACGGGAAAUCCUACAUAGAAGAUGUCAGCUUCGGGGUGUCGUCGCAACUGUGGGAGCCUCUGGAGCUCGUCUCCGGGAAGGAGCAAGUCCAGGUGCCGGGCACUUUCCGUCUCACGGAUAAAGGGGACUUGUGGAUUCUGGAGAAGACUGACAGGAAGCUGGAGAUUCUCAAUCCAGACUUCGCCGAUUCCAAUCUGGUGAACAGGCAGCCGACCAGGACCUUGUACUGCUUCACCCUGACGCCCCGCGACGUCGGAUAUUUCAUGGACACCAGCCACAUUCUCCAGACGGAUCCUGCAUCGCUGUUCAUCAACAAGUCCAUCUGCUCCCUGCAAACACCCACGGGCUUCAGGGCCUUGAUUGGCUGGACCUUCAGUGAGGUCACCUACCAGGCCGAGCGGGGCGUGGACGUCUACGAUAUGAAGAACAUGCCCGAUGAGGAGAUGGAGAGCCUUCUGAGAGACAAGUUCAACAUCCGUUUGCCCAACAAACUUCAGCCUGUGAACACUCAACAUAAGUAUACACUCUAAAACACUGGUUCUUAAACUGAGUCCUAGGGAGCCCCGGGCGUCUACGAGCCGUAGUUUGGGGGUCCGCAAAAUAAUUUGCAAUAGAUUUUUAUGUCGUUACAAAGUGUGUAACGAUGUAUCAGGACCAGCUCGCCAAUAAAACAAACUUAAUCAACCAGUUACUCCUCCCUACCUUUGCGCCAAUUAAAAGAUAUUAAUAGAUAAAUCUGUUAUCCCUGCAUGAAUAAAUUCAUUUUAUUUCAGAAGAAAAUAUAGUCCUAUUUUUCAGAAAAUAAAGGAAUACAAGUAAUAUUUAAAAAAAAUUGUAUUAUUCAUUUGUUAAAAUAUGAAUUUCUUGCCUUAUUAAACUUUGACCUUAAUAGCAUAAUAUUACAACUUCAUAUUGUAAAAAUAAAAUUUUAGUCUCCUCAGAGUACAACUUUUUAUAAAAUACGCCUUUGUUGCUUGAUGACAGGUCCCUGUUGCUAAAUGACUUUGCCAUUGCCUAAUGAUAUAAUUACAUAAUUAUAUAGUCUAGAACAUUACAUAAAUCUAUGUAACAUGUCACCAUGUAAUAAUCAUUACAUGGUGACAUUACCUAAAUUGAGCGGCGCUUUUAUUUUCAGGAGUAAUACAGGAUAAGCGAAGCUUUAUAGGCUUUUUUGAUUUGUAUUUAUCUUACACUGUAUAAAUUCGUAUCUACAUGUAUUUGUUUGGUUUGAAAUGUGGUUGUUCAACGAUUUAGAUGUAUCAAACAAAUUUAGCCACCAAAGAAAUAUCUUUCUUGAAAAGUAAUCUUGAAAACCUUUUGCAAAACCGGCUUCAUUUUCAUCUGCAGUGAGUGAAUGAGUGCAUUAGUCGUGUUAGGAUUAUUAUUUUGGAUCAUUACUGAAGGCUUAGCCCUUUUCAGAUUGUUAAUGAUACUGUGCGUGAAUUUUCACCUCUUAACCAAACAAAUUUUAAAAGGAGCUACAUUUGUGCCAUUUGCUUUUUUUGAGGGGAUUUGCUAUUGUAGUCUGGAAGUUGCUAAAUCGAGAAACAAAAGUGCUAAUUUGGUUAAAAUGUAAACAACAUCAACUCGUAAUGGGGAACGUAGUCGAUGCAACUGUCACAAGCCCAUUUUCACAGGCUGACAUUUUCCAACUUUUUCCCUGUGCCACUGGUAUGAGAAAGUUGACCAGCCAAUUUUCCGGAUUGAGAUGUACCAUUAAAAGCCACGUUCCCACAACUUUCAUUUUCAAGUGUGUCAUUCUCUAUAAAUCCUAUGCACCGAAAGAAAAAGGGAGGGACGAAGAAGAAUUUUUCUGCCUUGAAAUGUAGUAUGAGAAGCAUCUUAAACACUGCCAGUAAAAGCUGUCAAUUUUCCAGUUUUUUGGGAGAGACAAAGUCAACCUGGCAAUUUUCCGCCUUCGAAGGUAGUGCGAGAAGCCCCUUUCACACUUACUGUAAAAAAAUU